AAAGGUAAAGUCUUGAGUAAGAACAAUGAAAACACAGAGAUCUAUGCCCAAGCUUGCUGCCAAGUUGCCCAUGAAAUGGGGACUAAGAACGUUGAUCUUUACUCUGAGAUGAUGAAGACUGAGGUAUGCUGUCCCUGUUGAAUCAUAAUUUCUACUUUGCUAAUUUUGGAUGAGAGCUAGUUUGAAGCAUGUUAAUCAGACCAACCGCUAUUGUGACAAUAUCUUUAUGUUGCAUAUUAACAACAGUAUUAAUUCUGGCUCUUAUCUGGUCAGAAUAUUGAAAAUUAAAAAUGUUAUUUUAAUUUUAAAGCUGCAUUCACUAAUUUUUAAAAAUCAAAAUAUAUGUUUUAUUAACUAUUAAAAUAUUUGUACUAUUUUUGUAAGGUAUCAAAAUACUUUUGUUGUGUAAUUCCUGUAAUUGUGCAAAAUAUCUGUUGCAGGAUUUCACUGUGCUUCUUGAUGAUGGUCUUCACCUGUCUGAGAAGGGCAGCCAGCUGUUGUUUGAUAAACACCAGCCUAUCAUUGAAAAGCUCACCGCUCAUCUACCUGCAGCUUGGUUCCCAUUCCAUGAUCAAGUGGACUUGGAGCAUUUAGAAAAGUUCUUGUUGAGCUUCCAAAUUCUAGGUUUAUCGCAUUGA